AUUGGGGUGAUUUGGGGGCAGAGGAGCGGGGCGGAGCAGCCCGAGGGCCGAAAACCUGGAAUUCUGGAGAGGAAAAGCCGGGAGAGCUGCGGGGGGAGACCCGGGGCGCGGGCCCAGCCCGGGCGUGGCACGGACUCACCCGGGACAGGCGGGGGAGGAUCAAACCCGGCGGGGUCCGGAGCCCUCGGGAGGGAGUUCCAGCCGGGAUUCGGCGGUCCGAGCCGCGAGAGGAAGACUCCGAGGAAGGACAGCUGCCCUGGAGGACCUGCCCCGCUCGGGUUUGGGGAUGCGAAAGCCGCGAGCCCUGAGCUCCCCUGGCUCGCACAGCUGGAAGAUCUGAGAAAUGAGCUGGAGAAGAGGCAGGCGAAGAAAAGCGCGGAGGUUUCGCCCCGGGAAGCUCCAGCGCAGGGGCAGGAGGAGAAGAGCCAGCAGCCGGACGUGAGGAGCUCCCUCAGCAGGUGUGGGAAGGUGACUUUCCAGCUGCCCCUGGAGGCGGCGCCGGAGGAGCGAGUUUGUCACUUCUGGAGGAGCAGCGCCCUGAAGGAAACCCUGGGGAAGCUCCAAGCCAGCGUCACCCUGGACCCCGACACGGCGCACCCCGAGCUGCGGCUCUCCGAGGACGGGAAGCGCGUCUGGCGCGGCGCCGCUCCCCGCCCGCUCCCGGAGCGCCCCGAGCGCUUCGAGCUCUGGCCCUUCGUGCUGGGCCACCAGGGCUUCGCGGCCGGGCGCCACUGCUGGCACGUGGACGUGGGCGACGGCGGCGACUGGGCCGUGGGGGUGGCCCGCGAGUCGGUGCCGAGGAAGGGGCGGCUCAGCCUGGGCCCCCAGGGCGGGAUCUGGGCCCUGGAGAAGUGGGGCGGGCAGCUGCGGGCGCUGACGGCGCGCCGGGUGACGCCGGUGGGCGCGCGGGCGCUGCCGCGCCGGGUCAGCGUGCACCUGGACUGCGGCGGCGGCUCCGUGGCCUUCCUGGACGCGCGGGACGGGGAGCUGCUCUUCGCCUUCUCGCGCGCGGCCUUCGGCGGGGAGCGGCUGCGGCCCUGGCUCUGGGUGGUGGGCGCCCGGUCGCAGCUGCGGCUGUGCCCCUGAGCGGGAGGGACCCCCAGGGGA